UGUUGAAAUCCCCACAACCCUAUGGCAGCCAAUGAGUACAAACACUCGGGGAAAACCUGGGCACCAAGUCCCACCUACGCGGACGGCAACUGUUUCUUCCACGCCCUCUUCGGGGAAGAAACCGAACUAGACGGGAAACGGUUCUAUUUCGACAAGCGGGCGUCUUUCAGGCGGCUGUACUGGGCCGCCUUUCUCAUGUUCUUCCAACACGGGGAAAUGUCGGAUACCUUACUGGAAACCCUCCAGAAAUGCUUCAUAGCCAGCGACAGCUUCGUGGAUAAAUCCCCUAGAGACCCCGACGAUUACAACGAGUACAUAAGGAACGUCGCCGUAGGCCAGUACUGGGUGCUGGUGGAGGAGAUACCGAUACUUUCGACGCUGUGGAACGUCACAGUGGUGCUCUUCUUGGGAGAGCACGACCAACCUAAGGUCUUCCAACCCGAUCCGCAAAUAUUGACCGGGUUUCCAUUCGGGAGCAUCGUGCCAGUACGGGAACAAGUGAUCCGACUGUCCGACCACCAUUUCGAGAGGUUGAGCGUUGCGGGGGAACCGAGCACUUCCCUAGCGGACAGUUUUGUAUCGGGGACGAGCAGCGACGGAGACGAUUCCGAUGAAGAAGUCGGCGAUUCUUUGUACAAGGACAGGAAGCGUUACAAGAAAGGAGGUAGCGCGGGGGUCCAGGGUAGCUUGUACCAGAUCGACGUCAUCACCUUGGUGCUUUUCAACGCUCUGAAGAAAUUUAAGCAUUGGCUGUUAUCGACGGAGAACGUAGCCGCGGGGAAGUUCGACGAUUUGGUAAUGGAGUCGCCCGAAGGCGACGUUUUGAUACAAGCCAAGCACAAAGAUGAAAACAACAAGGGCAAGAGGAAGAUCAUAAACUACGACGCACUGUUGUCCCCAACCACCAGCGCCUUUAGCCUAGCAAAGUACUUAUUUUCUUUCCAAGAAAUCAGAACGAGGUUUAAGUUAAAGAACAUCGUUAUUUGUACCAACGCCGACUUGCAGACCGACAAGAACAUGGAAGGACUGGUGGCGCCGCAUACCAUCACAGAAGAAAGUGUGUUGCAUUUCAAAGGCGCCGCUAAUACUUUCUACACCUUCACCGACGGUAUGGUGGAAGAAUUAAAACAAAGCGUUCAAAAAUACACGCCGAAUACCAAAACGUGCUUUUCAGACGAAGACAUCAAGGAAUUCUUGUCCUACUUACAGUUUUUCCCUAACUACAUGAACAAAGAAACCAUCGAUAGUGUCGUGGACGAACUGGUGCCUAGUUUAAGCUUAGCGCAAGACCUCGACACUAAGGAUACCUUCAAAAAUGUCCACGGUGUUAUUUUGGAGUGGUUCAAGAACGGGGAGGGUCAAUAUAUGUCGAAACUAGAAGCGAAAGCGAUACUCUGUGAUAUUAGAACUACUAGGUACUGCAAAACUUUCGAAACGUACGAUGUUUCUUUUAAAAACGACUUGGUUUCCAUUCAACGAAACACUAAAAUGAUCAUACACGUGAUCCCUGCUCGGGAGUUAAUAACCUUGAGCGCGGUGAGGAUCUAUCGGGCGCUACAACAGAAUAAAACUGUUAAUGCGCUGUUUUUGGACCCAAACGACAGCCUCAGCGUUCAAAAGCAGGUCGUUGAGGGUUUUUCUCAUCCCCGGUAUACGGUUCUAGUGAUAACAGCCCCCACCUGGAGGAACGACGACGUAAUUCAUAAAAUGUGUAGGAAAAUAGUGAAGAUACUGGAGAAUUCUAAGUAUAAGAAAUUGGUACUAGUCACUGAAGAAAAAGAUAAAUUGGGACGGUGUAUGAAGGAAUUGAACUUGGACAGUUAUGGAGAAAUAAGGGAGGAAAUACGAUUCCAUGAUCUUACCGAGGAAGCUCAAAACGCACUAAAGAGGAAGAGGAAUAUUAUCUUUCAGGGCACUCCAAUGACCUUGGAAGAGUUGGUUGUGGAAGACCUGGACAGUAUCGUUGACAGCGAAGUGUUGGAAAAACUAGCCAAGAACGACACCAUCACAAUAGGCUACAAACUAGCACACGCAGACGUGACCAUCGAGGACUACUACAUCUACCGCACCCUGAAACGCGGAGAGGAAGACAUACCGGAAGAACGGUUCCGACACCUUGAAGAUUUCGAAGAGAGAAUCGUGCUGAUAUCGGACUCUGCGGGUAUGGGCAAGACCACCAUCCUCGCCAACUUAGCCGUGAAGAUAAAAGAGAACCACCCCUCCCGCUGGGUGGUCAGGAUCGACCUCAACAAUCAAUCCGGCGCGUUCAAGGCCGCCGCCAAGAAGCGCGCGAAAUCCAUUGGCGUCGUUGACCUUCUGAACGCCCAGGAAGGUACUAAGUUCACGGGCGACUUCACGAGGAGGCUCUUCCUCAAACCGAACAACGUGGUGCUGAUGUUGGACGCCGUGGACGAAAUUAGUUCCGGUUAUAUGGAGAUGGUUGUGACGAUGAUGGCCGAGGCGAAGGCGGAGAAGAACUUCGUGAAGAUCUUCGUCACGACCAGGCCACACCUGCGCAGGGCGUUGGAGGACAGGCUGGAAGUAAAGGCGUUUACGCUGGAGCCGUUCUCCAAAGAUGAUCAGGUGGAUUUUCUGACCAAGUAUUGGACGCAGAGACUGCGUUUGAGAGGUACAGAAGACAAGCAGAGGUGCCAACAGUACUCUCAGGCUUUAAUAGACGAAAUGUCUAGGUGGAUCGACGAGGAUGCCGGGAACACUUUCGCCGGCAUUCCCCUCCAAACGAGAAUGCUAGCCGAGGUGUUCCAACAAAGAAACCAACGGGACGAAGGCGUGCCGAACCAAUGGGAAGAAUGCAAAGAGUUCCUGUACUCGGGCAAAGCCGAGCCCCACCUCCCCAAGAGAAUCAACCUCAUCCAGCUCUACGAGUUGUUCAUAGCCAAGAAACGGGACAUUUUCGUGGACGACAAAGGCAAGGCCGAGGGCAACGCCCCGUCGGAGCAGGCCUUGAAAGAUAAAUUCGAGGAGUGUCACAAGUUCCACCGCGUCUUAGCGUUGGCGAAUAUAUUCUACUCGAGCGAAUGCCAGUUUUUCGGAUGUUACAGAGAGCAGGGGCCAUUCACGAAGGCCUUCGUGAAAGACUACGUGCUGAGGGCCGGGAUCGUGCAGGAAGUGGACGAGGAGGCGAAUUUCAUCCACCGCACCUUCGCCGAGUACUUCGCCGCCGAAUGCCUGAUACUGGAGUUGAAAAAAGGGUCCUUUCACGACAAAUUCCAAGAGUUCCUGCUCGAGGAGAUCCUGAUACGGGAGACGUAUUUCGUGGUACGCGCCUUCUUCGACAGCUUCCUGCAGAAGGAGUUGCCGGCCAUCCCGGAAGAUACCCUGAGGGCCUUCUGCGAAACGGACUAUUUGUCAGUAUUGGACCACAGCAGGAAAUCCUAUUUGCACCUUUUGGCCCACGAAGGCUCUGUCGGUAUCAUGGAGUUCUUGUUCGCGUGCUCCAGUUUCAGGAUGACGGAAGAUGAUUCGCCGGAAGAAGACAAAGGCACGUUCGUAGACGCGACCGACAUGGAACUGAACACACCCCUCCACGACGCUUGUUCCAUGGGCCACCUCAACGUGGUUGUAGCCCUGGUCGAAAGGGGGGCUAACGUCAACUUUGAGAACGCGAACGGAGAGACGCCCCUGCACAGAGCCGCCCUCGGAAGACACUCGGACGUGGUGGAGUAUCUCGCGGACAAGGCGGGAGUAAAUUUGAAUAAGGCAAACAGCUACGGCGAGUCGGCCUUACUCUUGGCGGCCCGCAAGGGCACCCUCAAAAUAAUCAAGUUCCUGAUCAAACGGGGCGCGGCGCCCACCGGAGCGUACACCACAGCGCUACACAUAGCAGCCUCGGUCGGCAAGCUGAACGUCGUCAAGUACCUCAUAAAAAAAUGCCGCGUCGACGUAGACGUCUUGGACGUCGACCAAUGCACUCCCCUACACGACGCUUCCCACGAAGGCCACCUGGAGGUGGUGAAGUACUUAGUGAAGCACGGCAGCCAAGUCAACGCUACAAACGGGGAUUUAAACACUGCGUUCCACGCGGCGGCGUUGAGGGGUUACGUUUACCUGGUAAUUUAUUUUAUUGAGAACGGAGCCGACACUACUAUCGCUAAUAAGGAGGGCCAAACGAUAGUGGAUCUGAUAGAGUGGCUGAAAACCCUGGACGAGGAAAGUAGCGAUGAUGACAGAGAAGAGACAGGCGUUGACAGUGAGGAAGAGGAAGGGAGCGAGAAGAGCGAGGGUUCCGAAGAUGAGAGAGAAGGUGAUACGUCACAGAACGAUGACGCAAGCGGUAAACGGAAGCCGAUAAGCGAUGUCGAUGAAAACUGACGCGAGAUUAGCGAUGUUAUCGAUGAA